GGAUGAAGGCGGGGAAGAAAGCUGUGGCAUUUGGAAAAUGAUGUCGAGAGCAAGGACACAGAAAAACCGACAGAGCCGAAGCUCAAUGGAGGCUACACAAGAGAUAAAUAAUGUGUUCUCUAAAAAUCCUUUCAUUUCACAAAUGUAAAAUAUUAAGGAUAGGACCAUACCAGUUGAGGGUCAGAAGAGGGAAAACAAGCUAUUUUUCCACCCUAUCUGCUGAUUGUCUUAGCAUAGUAAAUCGUCUGUCAACUACCAAAGUAAAGUUGAAACCCCCAUGGAAUAUUGUGUUUUUUGGAACUGAUGACUUUGCAGUUGAGAGUCUUGAUGCACUUUGUAAAGGGAGAGAAAGGGGCCUAAUUGGAAAAUUAGAUGUUGUUACAGCGCCAGUGAAGAAAAACUCUCCAGUUCUGCAAUACUGUCAGAAAGAAAAUAUACCUGUUAUUCACUGGCCUACAGAAGUUCCAAAAGGAGUAUACGAUGUUGGCACAGUGGUUUCAUUUGGUCAUCUCUUGACACCUGCAAUUAUUGAUGCCUUUCCCAUGGGCAUUCUGAAUGUUCACGGAUCACUGCUGCCUCGCUGGCGUGGAGCUGCACCAAUCAUACGUGCUGUGAUGAAUAAUGAUGAGGUAACAGGAGUGACUGUAAUGGAAAUUCAACCUCACAGCACCGAAGGUUAGUGAGAAGACUUCCCGAAUAAAGUGGCACGUUCAUACAUGUAGAGAUAUUCAAGCAAGGUACAGAGCACUUGAUGAUUAUUUUCCUCUCUGGACUACGUGGCAGGGGGUUCCAGUAAAACUUAGGAAUAUGACAAUGCAUAAAGAAUGGUCAUUUCCAGAACAGAGUGAUAACUGUGCAUUGGAAAAACAAACCUUUCAUGACACAUUCAGUAAAAAAGAAAAUCUACAUGAUAAUGUUAUAAGUAACAAAAGCAAUUGCAAAGAUCAGAAAAGAGUCCAAGAAUUUGUUGUUGUAUCAUACAACAGUGGCUCAUGUGACCAGGGCAUUCUGGAUACAGCUGUUAAACCUGGAACAGCUAUAUAUGGCAGAAAGACAAAAACGUUGAAUGUAAAAUGUUUGGAUAAUUGGGUGAGUUUUAGUCAAAUCUUACUGAGAGGACGGAAACCAAUGAGUGCCCAUGAAUUUUAUAAUGGUUUCAUUAGUAAAAUUUCUCAUAAACAGCUUGAAUUUUUGUAAUGUUGAUUAUUAAUGUACAAAAAUUUAAACUAUUCAGUAUUACAACAAAUUUAUUUUAUUCUUACCCAUUUCAGGCUCAUGUAACCCUUUACUGUAUUUUAGAUAAAUGUUUAAAGAUGGUUGUUCUCAAUAAUUACUGUGUAAUACUUGCUGGGUGAAGAAGUAAAUUAUUAAACUUUAAGGUCCCAUACUAUGCCAUCUACAAGAAAUAGAAAAUUGUUCAGAAUGGCUCUUAUAAGAGUGUAAAAUGCAUUUGGAUUAUGUAAGGUAUGCAUCGAAUAUGGAUAUUUGUUUUAAAUGUAAAGAAAGAAUAACCCUACAGAAUUUAUUCUGAUGAGAGAAAAAUUUUCUUCACUAUAUAUUUUUAAAUGACUCACAGUCUAAAAACAAAAUUAAGUUUUACAGUGAUGUCAAAGUUAUUUUUAAUACAGAAUUUCCUAUGCAUUCCUAGCAUAUUAUGUUGGUAAGGUUACACAACCUUCAAGAAAUAUUCAGUAUUAUGAGACGUGUAAAUUAUCACAUAUAGGUAGUACUGUAUUUAGUUUUCUUGGCAGAAUUUUUUUUCUUUUUUUUUAUUAAAUUAGACCAGCGUUGAUUGGUAGGAAACUUAUCAGAAUUUACUGAAUUCCCUAAAGAUUUUUGAAGUUUGUUAAAUAAAUUGAUAUAGAAACCUUGGUAAUUACAUGAAAAAACAUGGAUGAUUUGCAAUUAUAAACAUAUUCAUACUUGUUUAUUUGUAUGCAAUACAUACUACAAAUGAAUACUAUACAGUGAUGUCAAGAUAUCCAUAUUGGUUUAUAGGUAAAAUGAUACUUGAACUCUGUGCAUAUUGUAAAUAAAUAAUUUAAAACACUUUAAAAACCUGAGUUUCAACAUACUGU